CACGUGUCUAAAUUAGUUUCUUUAAUUAUACCAUACGUUCUUUGUUAUUCCUAACUAAUCCCCUUUCCCAAUCGCAGCAUCUUCUUCUCAACUCUCGAAGUCCCCAUCCAUGGCCGCAGCUCCAUCUCUCAAUCUCCAAUCCAAUCUCCAUUCUCUCAAGAGGACCUUCUCCAAUGGCCGCCUUCGCAAGCCUCGCUCCUCCUCUUCCAUCGUAGCCCUCCACCAGAAUGGUUCCCUUCGCUCUCACGGCACUCCCGGCCUCCGCGUCGCCUUCCAAGGCUCCACCGGCGCAUACAGUGAGUUCGCCGCUAAGACUGCCUGUCCUGAGUGCGCCACCGUCCCUUGCCGCUCCUUCGCCGAUGCGAUCGCCGCCGUCGAGCGCGAUCGUGCCGAUCGCGCCAUCGUCCCUGUGGAGAGCACCAUGGAGGGCACUGCCCUCCGGAACUACGACCUCCUUCUCCGCCAUGACCUUCGGAUUGUUCAGGAAAUCAACCUCUUCGUCCACUACUGCCUCCUCGCUAUGCCCGGCGUCAGCACUGCGGAGCUCCGCCGGGUUAUCAGUCAUCCUAUGGCUCUCGCUCACUGCGGUCGAGCUCUCGAGCGCCUUGGCCUUGAUCGCGAGGCUGUAGAAGACACCGCCGGCGCUGUCAAAAUGCUCCUAUCCGAGCAGAUGCUCGACACCGCUGCCAUCGCUAGUCCUCGCGCCGCUGCCAUCUACGGCCUCGAUGUCCUCGCUGGUGGCCUCCAGGACGAGUCCUGGAACGUCACUCGGUUCCUCCUCCUCUCCAAGCUGCCGGAACCACUCCCUCCCUCCUCCUCCGGCAAGAUGAAAACCAGCAUGGUCGUCGCCCACCGUGGCGGAUCCAUGACGGUUCUUCUCAAAAUCCUCUCCGCCUUCUCCUCCCGAGACAUCAGUCUGACCAAACUCGAGGUGAACAAUCCGACGAUGGAGGGGAAAGGGCCGGUAAUCAUACUGGAUGUGCGCUCACCGGCGAUGCUGAAGACUUUCCCCCAUGUCCUCUAUGUGGACUUCGAGGGCUCGAUCGAAGAUGAGAAGGUGAAAGAGGCCAUUGAUGAGAUCUCAAGCUUCUCAGUGUUCGUUCGGGUCUUGGGUUGCUACGCCGCCGAUCCACACGUCUACGAUCUCUAUUAGCACGUUGCAUUAGAGUUUGGAAGGGAGUUAAGUUUCACCCUGUCUUACUCCAGUCUCCUUAUUCUGUCACUGCCCUAAUAUUCCUUAAUGGCAGCAAAAAAAAAAAAGGAUAUGUAAUGGAGACUUCAUUGUCAUGAUUGUGAAGUGCAAGGAAGAAAGAUUCUUCAUCCUUUUAUCUGUGGAUGUGGUCUUGAAAAAGGUUUGCACUAAGAUAUAUACCAAGAAUCAUGGUGGAAAUACAUCAUAAUAAUAGAGCACACUUUGGUGUAUAUCAUAAGAUUAUUGAUUUGAAGAUAAUUAAUGUUUAGCAAAAAAGACAUCAGUCUUUUACAACAAGUUAUGAAAUGCUCAUGCUUGUGUGUCCUUGUUAUGUAUUAUUGAUUUUGUGGAAAUAAAGGAACUUGUUGCUUCUCA